CAAAGCUCAUCCUCUCCACUGAAACAUAUCAUCUUCUUAAACAACUAAACCAACCAACCAACCAAAGAAGCUUCAUCGAAAGAAGAAGCUAAGAACAUGGCUGCUUCUACCUCCAUGGUCUCUGCCGCUGCAGCAGUUGCUUCAGUCACCCGUGUUGCACCCUUCACUGGCUUGAAAUCCUUAGCCACUUUCCCACAAACCAGAAAGGUUGAAAACGAUGUCACUUCCAUCACCAACAAUGGAGGAAGAGUUCAGUGCAUCCAGGUGUGGCCAACAACUGGUUUGAAGAAGUUCGAGACAUUGUCUUACUUGCCACCACUAACAGAAGAACAAUUGGCCAAGGAAGUGGACUACCUUCUUCGCAACAACUGGGUUCCUUGCCUAGAGUUCCAAUUGGAGGAAUUGAACGGAUUCGUGCACAGAGAAUACAACAGUUCACCCGGAUACUAUGAUGGAAGAUACUGGACAAUGUGGAAAUUGCCCAUGUUCGGGUGCACAGACUCGAGUCAAGUGCUAAAGGAAUUGGCCGAAGCCAAGAAGGCUUACCCAUCCGCGUUCGUUCGUAUCAUUGGAUUCGACAACAAGCGUCAAGUCCAGUGCAUCUCCUUCAUUGCAGCCAAGCCAGAGGGUUACGUUGGAUGAAGAUGUUGAUGAUGAUGAAUGAUUCUUCUUUCAUUGCAUUGUUUUCAUAUUUAUCUCAUUAACCAAAUGACUCAUGCAUGUUCUAUUAGAUCAUCAUGAUUGAUCAUUGUCAUUAGGUUGAUGAUUUCUAUCCUUUCCUGUUUUGUAUUUUUUUUUGUCUUUCUUAUAAUGUUCUUGUUGUUGUUGUUGUUCAUGUUGUUCUAAUCUAUUUUGUUCAAGUUUGCAUGUGCUUUAAAUUUUCUCUAUCUCAUUAAUAAAUUCUAUUGUUAACA